AUGGACGACUCCCACACCAGGCAGUCGCUCAACCACCGCGCGUCGGAGCAGACGCUCAUCUCCCUGCUCGAGCUCGACCCGUCGCCGAUUGACUCGCCCACGCCGUCCGACGAGAAGCAGCUCCACGAGAGCAUCGAGACGGACGACUCAGACACCAUCAUGGCCAAGUCGUCCGACUCGGCGUCGCUCCGAACCACAGACGGCCCCGGCCUCGGCAACCACAGCGGGCACGGCUCCAUCUUCUACCUCUCCCGAAUCCAACGCUACUCCAGCUACGCCAUGUCCGUCUUCACCUCGCUGCACCUCGCCAACGUGUCCCUCAUCCCCGCGGUCCAGCGCUCCGUGCCCUCGUCCGAGACGUACCUGCUCAUGACGCGCGAGAUCUACCAGACGACGCUCGCCGAGCCGCUGCUCGUCGCGCUGCCCGCGCUCCUGCACGUCGGAUCCGGCAUCGCGCUGCGGCUGCUCCGGCGGCGGCAAAACAUGCGUCGCUACGGCGGCGCCACGCCCGCCAUGUACGCGCUGCACCGCUCGCAGACGGGCGCCGCGGCUAUGACGCUCUGGCCGCCUCUGAGCUACAUCUCCCUCUCGGGUUACGCAUUCACCAUCUUCUACGCCGCGCAUGUAUGCGUGAAUCGGGUGCUGCCGCUGGCGGUCGACGGGGACAGCUCGAAUGUCGGCCUAGCGUACGUAGCGCAUAGCUUCGCGAGACAUCCCGUAGUGGCGGGCGUGGCGUACGCGGGGCUGAUUGUGCUGGGCACGGGGCAUAUGGUCUGGGGCAUGGCCAAGUGGUGGGGGGUCGCGCCGUCGACGGAGGGCUGGCAGAGCAGUAGUGUGGUGGUGGACAAGAAGACGAAGAGGAGGCGGAGGAAUAGGUGGUUGCAGGUGCAGGGCGUGGUGCUGCUGGGGGUGGCGGCGUGGGCGGUUGGCGGGCUGGCGGUGGUGGCGAGGGGAGGGCUUCAGGAUGGAUGGGUGGGAAAGGUGUAUGAUGAUAUGCUUGCGAGAAUUGGGCUGUAA